CGGACGGUUUUUCCAUUUGAUCCGUGUGAGAUCGGCGGCCUUUUCAACUGUUCAAAAUUGUAUAAAAAUCUAGCUUUAAAUUAAUCAGGAAGUGUGGUGUUAAAAUCAAGUUUAAUUUGCAUACAGAUCGGAAACCUAUCGACUUAAAACAAUCAAUAUGAUGUCAAAGAAAUUGUUUGCUAGCUCAGCGCGCCUGCUGAUCCGCUCCAGCUCCACAUUGCACUCAAAGGCAGCGCCGGCGAUGAUGUCGCAGCCGGCGUCCGAGAUGCCCGAAUGCAAUCAUCGUCCGGCUGCGUACAAUGGUCCCAGCUACGAGCAGAUACUGGCGACACGCAAGAACCAUUUGACGCCCAAUUUGGUAUCGCACUUCAAGAAGCCGCUGGUCAUCCAUGCCGGCCACAUGCAGUGGCUCUACGAUCACGAGGGUCGUCGCUACCUGGACAUGUUCGGUGGCAUUGUUACCGUCUCCGUCGGCCACUGUCAUCCUAAAGUAAAUCAGGCGCUGACGGAUCAGAUCUCCCGAUUAUGGCACACGACCAACAUCUAUAUGCAUCCCAAGAUUCAUGAGUACGCGGAGCGUUUGACGGCCAAGUUCCCCGGCAAUCUGAAGGCCGUGUGCUUUGUCAACUCCGGCUCGGAGGCAAACGAUAUGGCCAUGCUGAUGGCCCGUCUCCACACAGGCAAUCAGGAUAUCCUGACCUUUCGCAAUGCCUAUCACGGCAUGUCACCCUACACCAUGGGUCUAACAGCGCACUCAACGUGGCGCUAUCCACUGCCGGGCAUCAACAAUGGCAUCGUUCACGUGAUGAACCCAGAUCCUUAUCAGGGCAUUUGGGGUGGUGCCGCUUGCCGGGAUUCACCUGUGCAAACGACGCACAGCUGCAAUUGUACCCCGGGCAGUUGUGAGGCGGGCAACGCAUAUUACAAUGAGCUGGAGCAGACUUUUAAGUACUCGCUGCCACGUGGCAAAGUGGCCGCCAUGUUUGCCGAGUCCAUUCAGGGCGUGGGCGGCACAGUCCAGUACCCCAAAGGUUAUCUGAAGCGGGCCGCUGACUUGGUUCGCGCCAAUGGUGGACUCUUUGUGGCCGACGAGGUGCAGACGGGCUUUGGCCGUACUGGUGAUCAUUUCUGGGGCUUCGAGGGACACGACUAUACACCGGAUAUUGUGACCAUGGCGAAGGGCAUUGGCAAUGGCUUCCCACUGGCGGCGGUCGUCACAACGCCCGAGAUUGCCGCCACGCUGGGAUUGGCACUGCACUUCAAUACGUACGGCGGCAAUCCAAUGGCCAGUGCUGUUGGCAUUUCCGUGCUGGAUAUCAUCGAGGAAGAGCAGCUGCAGCGCAACUCACUGGAGGUGGGCACCUAUUUCCUCAAGUGCCUGGAGGAGUUGCAGAAGCGCUACGAACUGAUUGGCGAUGUGCGCGGCAAGGGUCUGAUGAUUGGCGUUGAGCUGGUGAACGAUCGCGAGACGCGUGCUCCACUGGCCGCGCCACACAUGCUGGACAUUUGGGAGACGUGCAAGGAUUUGGGUGUGCUCUUUGGCCGUGGUGGACUCCAUGGAAAUGUGCUGAGCUUUCGACCACCAUUGUGCAUCAGUUAUGAGGAUGUGGAAUUUACACUGAGUAUUUUAGAAACAGUCUUCGAGCAACACAUGAGUAAAAGGCCACGCAGCUGGAGAGAUACAACUGCUUAUUCACAUUCGACAUUCGAUAGAACAUAAACAAAUUAAUGGAAUUUAAUAUUUAAAUAAUAUAAUAUUUAUUACUUAAAACUAGUUUAAUAUAAUUGAGCACAAUGUCGGAGUUUAGGGAGCACAGUUCGAAUUAAAGAGCAGACUGUGAGCAUUUUACAUUCCAAAUGCCACUGAGCGAGGCAUUAAAACUUAUAUGUAAUAUUUAUAAAUAUGUAAUUGUAUAAUUUAUAUAUUGUAUAUAGAUAUAUUUUAGGCACAGCAUUUUCAUUAAAGAGAGUUCUCGUUCGAUUUUGUUAAGUUGCUUAACUCUUACAAA